AUGAUUUUAGCUGUGCAUGCAAAUGGCGCAGCAAUCCAUUCUCAUGUGGUGGUGGCUGACACCGAAAAUUCAUUAAAAGGUACAAUGGUUGUGUCAAACUGUAACCACGAUACUCUUUCGAAUUCGAAAAAUGCAAUGUCUCAUACUUUGACACAGAAAGUUCAAGCAGACACUGUAAAUGCUAAUUCACAAGUUCAAGUGAAUACUAUCACACAGCUGUCUGAUGGUACGCUUGCUCUUGAUUAUCAAUGUAGCGGUGUGUCUGAUCAAAAGACAGCAAUAAAUACACUGAAAAAGGCUGUUCAAACAAAUGAUGUCCAGAAAGUUAUUGUUCAGUCGACAAUAGAUGUUGUAUCUACAACAGGCAAAACAAAUCAACAGAACAAUAACCAGCCACCGGACGAAAAAGUCAAUCUACUUACUACCAAAACAACGACACCUACAACAAGCAUACAACAGCACACGCCCAAUGCUCCAAGUUCAGAAAAAAACGCAUCCUCAAACAGCGGUGAGAAACCAGCGACAAAAACCGCUACGGUUGCACCGGCCGAACCUGAAAAGCAUGAGCAUGACAGUUCCGAACAACACGGCCGAUCCAAGAGGGAAGGCAAACCAGCCGCGAAAGCUCGUGGAAUGCGCAAACCGAGCAAACCAUCGACUGUCGACUGUGACAAACAUCACAGCGUCAGGGCUCAAGAUGAUAACAAUCUCAGAGGUGUCUUGGUCGUCAAAUCAUGUCAUGCAGCACGUUUUGUUCGAAAACCAAGUCGUGUGACGAAUGUGGCCAACAAAUUUCAGUCACUUCUCGCUGAUCAUCUGAGCAGUCGAGGAGUGAAGGGUCAUUUUCCAUUGCAAAUCAGUAAGGUAUUGGGUAAUACGACGCACACUGAAUUCCACUACACAGUACCAUGCGUCAAGUCUCAUCACCAAACAGUGAUUGCCUCACUGAAGACCGCUUGCAAAGAAGCAGCAUUCAUCGGUACCAUUACGCAAGAAAAUCAACCCCAGGAUGAUGAUUCAAGUUCCUCAAGCGAAGAAAGAAGCGGUGAAGAGUUGGGCAAACGACGAGCGCAAGGCGCCAAACAUGGCCAGAAGCAUUCCAAGGAAGCAGACCAUAAGGAACACGGCCGAUCCGAGACGGGAGGCAAACCAGCCGCGAAACCUCGUGGAAUGCGCAAACCGAGCAAACCAUCAACUAUCGACUUUGACAAGCAUCACAGCGUCAGGGCUCAAGAUGAUAACAAUCUCAGAGGUGUCUUGGUCGUCAAAUCAUGCCAUGCAGCACGUUUUGUUCGAAAACCAAGUCGUGUGACGAAUGUGGCCAACAAAUUUCAGUCACUUCUCGCUGAUCAUCUGAACAGUCGAGGAGUGAAGGGUCGUUUCCCAUGGCAAAUCAGUAAAGUAUUGGGUAAUUCGACGCACACUGAAUUCCACUACACAGUACCAUGCGCCAAGUCUCAUCACGAAACAGUGAUUGCCUCACUGAAGACCGCUUGCAAAGAAGCAGCAUUCAUCGGUACAAUUACACAAGAAAAUCAACCUCAUGAUGAUGAUUCUAGUUCCGCAAGGUGGUCGAGUGGAGCAAGGGAAGAUGGUAAGUUUUUAUUUCCGCAGCUUAUGGAGUUUGUUGUUGUGGCGUUGAGAAAGGUCUGUUAG